AUGUUUAAACAAAAACUUACGAGAACCGUUGACGGUAAUUACAUAAUAAGUGUUAAAGAUGUCGUUGACUUGGACAAAACGAUUAAAUUAGCUUGCAUCGACUAUGAUAAAUCCGUAGAAGAAAACCAAAGGUUGAGAUACCAAAAUAAACACAUAGAAACAAAAUGUAUAGAACUUCAGGUGAAAUUGGACGAAGUGAAAACAAAUCUAUGCUUGGCAUUAGAUUAUAAAGUUGGUGAUAAUCGAGAUGUAAUGCAUUUGAUAAACGUCUGUGUCGCGUUAAACGCCCGCGAAAGCGAACAUCAGUACAUCCUGGAAGAAAAGAACAAGUUAAAGCAAACAUUGGAUUUACAAUUAUUGAACAUACGCUCGGAAAUUUCAAGCCGCUGUGAUGAACUUACAAGUACCGUCGAAAAACUGAAAGAAGAAAUUAUCGUUAAGGAUGCUAUAAUAUCAGAAUUGAUCAACGGUAUUCAUUCGAUUAAGACAACAAACGACGAAAUGUACGCAAACGAUAAAAUAUUAAAAGAGAAACUGUUGACCGAAUUAAAGAAUACUAAACGUGAACUACACGAAGCCAAAUAUAUAACAGCCGUGCACAUCGGCCGAAACCACGACAUUAACGAACAUUAUUUACAAGUAAAAUGUCUGUAUGAAGGUUUGCGCAAAGAAAAUGCAAAUUUGAAAUCGUCUAUGGGAAUAUACCAACGCCAAUUGGCAAACAGAUCAAAACAAUGCACCGACAACGUUAAACUGAUGGAAACGCUUCAAUCGAAUGCGAUCGAACAGAAACGGAACGAAACAUUAUUGGCGGAUAAAUACGAACAAGCGACUGUCCGAAUAGAAAAUCUGAUCUGUGAGACUAAUAUAGUUAACGUUUACUUACAUAUUUACUGUAUUUACUCAUAUACUUAAAUGAACAGUGAUUUUUUAAUUUUUCGAACCUUUAGACAAAACGAUUUUUCUGGACAAUCGCGUUAAACUGUUAGAGGGCAACUUAAAAGAGAAGUGCUCACAAAUUAGUACGGUCGAACGAAUUGCUAACGCACAGCUGGCAGAAUCUAUUGGUAUCAUAGACAAAUUAUCGCAGAAAUGCAAAGUACGUAGUCGAUCGGUUAAACGUUUGUAAUUUUAGUUUCGCUCGAAUAAUUAUAAAUGCAACAUAAAUUAUGUAUACCUAUACACAAAUCCAUAUUUCUGGGUGGGGCGCUGCUCACUUAUAAUAUUAUCAUGUUGCACUUUAUAAUAUUAUGAAGAAAUACAAUAUGUACCAGUGACUAUUGGCGUUUUGAUUAUUUAUGACCGUAAAACUCGCGAACAAACUAAUUUCCAUUUGUAAAUAGUUUGUGUUAUUUUAUGAUUUACAGGAACUCGAAUUAAAGAACGCCAAAUAUGACGGAAUGCAAAACGCAACAUUGCGUCCGUCAAACACUAUUGACGAAAAAGUUAAGGUAAACGUAUAA